AUGAGUAAUGCACCUGUUGGCUUCAUUUCCUUAAGUAAAAUUUUUAGAAAGGAGGAAGAAGAAAAAAAACUUAUAGACAAUAGUCAGGAUCGUUCGAACCUGUUGAAUACAUCUAUUUAUAAUAAGAAUGAAGAAAAAAGAACAUUUGAAGAACUGAACGUAGAAACAGAAAUAGUGCGGGCUCUAAAAAAAAUAAAUAUUUUUUAUCCUUCUAAGAUUCAAUAUAUGAUUAUGAAAAGAUUAAUAUGUAAUGAUAAAAAUAAAAAAAAAGAAAAAGAAAAAAAAAAAAAUUGUAUAAUUCAAUCAAAGAAUGGAACUGGUAAGAGUAUGUCAAUUUGUAUAUUUAUUGUUCAUCAGAUAUUUUAUAAAAUGAAGAAGAAAAAAGAUAUUCAACAAAAUAAAAUAAAUAAAGAAGAUGAAAUAUAUAGAAUAGAAGAUUCAAAAUAUAUAUCAGAUCAUAUAUCUGAAUCUUUUUCAUCUCAAGACAAUAUGUUUUUGGGUUCUUUAUUUUUUUAUGGUUUAAUAUUAGAACCAACAAGAGAAUUAUGUCAACAGAUUUUUGAUAGCAUUCAAAAAAUUACGAACAUAUUAAAAGAUGACAAUUGUAAUGAUGUAUAUGAUAAUAUAAAUAGAUUAGAUGUUUAUAAUCCUAACAAUAUAAAUAUAUAUGAUAAAAAAUAUGUUAAUUGUUAUAAAAUAGAAUCUUUAAUAUUAUAUGGAGGGACAGAUAUUUUUGAGAAUAUAAAAAAAAUAUUUACUAAUUUUCCUCAUAUUAUUAUAUCAACACCUGGACGUUUAAAACAUGUUUUAAAUAUUUUAAAUAAGAUUAAAAUAGAAAUAAAUGAAAAAGAGAAAAUAAAAAAUAAAGAUAUACUUCCUUUAUCAUAUAUAACUCUAAUUAAUCUAAUUAAUAUGUCUUUAAAUUAUUUUAUUCUUGAUGAAAUCGAUGCUUUGUUAGAUGAACAAUUUGAUAAUCAACUCAAAAUUAUUUAUAAUUAUAUUGUGAAUCCAAAAAUACAAAUUUUAUGUUAUAGUUCUACGUUUCAAGAAGCAAGUAUUAAUAACUUUAUAAAAAAAAUUAUAGAAUGUGAUGAGAAAUAUUUAUCACGUUUAGAGCGAUCUUAUAUGACUAGCAUGGAUCAGACAAAACAUAAAGAGGGCAGUAGUAAAUUUUUAAAAUUAAAUGUAGAUAUGAGAAAAGAACAUCACUCAUUGGAUGUCAAAAUGGUAGACGGGUUGUUAAGUGAUGCAAAUGAUAUGAACAGAGAUAAUAUUAAAAUAAAUUAUAUGAAUGGAGAUAAUAUAAAUGAUAUGAAUGGAGAUAAUAUAAAUGAUAUGAAUGGAGAUAAUAUUAAUAUAAAUUAUAUGAAUGGAGAUAAUAUUAAUACAAAUGAUAUGAAUGGAGAUAAUAUUAAUACAAAUGAUAUGAAUGGAGAUAAUAUUAAUACAAAUAAUAUUGAUACACAUUUUAUUACUUCACCUGCACAUCACUAUCAUGAUGAACAAAAUAAUCAUGUCAAAAUAAAAAAGAAAAAAAUUAAUAAAAGGAAAAAAAAAAAAAAAAAAAAAAAAAAAUUCAAAUAUAAUAAUAAAACACAAUCCAAACUAAUAAAAGAAUUACAAAAAAUAAUAUGCGAUGAAAAUAUUUUAUGUAAAGAGUUUAUGUGUGAAUAUAUUUUAAAAAAGAUGAUAAAAAGAAAAGAAAAAAUGAAAUAUCACAUGAAUAGUAAAAGAAACUUUGAGUAUAUACAAACGUGCACAUCACUGAUAAUUCAUUCAGAAGAUAAAAAUAUAGAAAUGAAUAAUAUCAACAAUAAAAAUAAAAAUAACAACAACAACAAUAAUAAUAAUAAUAAUAAUAAUAGUGAUAAUUAUUAUUGUAGUAAUGUUAUUCCAUCUAAUAGUUUAUCUCCUUUUUAUUAUUAUGACCGUUCAGAUGAAGAGAACCAUUCGAAGUCACCUUUAAAGGGAGUUUUAGAUUCACCAGUUUUAUCAAACAUUGAACAUUGUUUUAUAACCAUAAAUAAUGAGAAUUUAAAUAAAAAAGAAGAACUUAAAUAUAAAAUGAAAGUAGUAUAUAAAAUAAUAAAUGAAAUAAAAUAUAAUCAAUGUUUUUUAUUUAUUAAUAAUACAUAUGAAGGUAUCCAAGUUAUAAAAAUGUUAAAAAAAAUGAAUAUCUCUUCAUAUUAUACUAGUUCAAAAAUAGAACAUAAAGAAAGAAUAGAAUUAUUUAAAAGUUUACAAGAAAAUAAAGUUAAAAUUGUUGUAUGUACUGAUAUUAUGAGUAGAGGAAUAGAUAAUAUUGUUUGUGAUUUAGUUAUUAAUUUUGAUAUACCACAUAGUAAAGAAACUUAUGUUCAUAGGUCAGGUCGAUGUGGAAGAUUUGGAAGUAAAGGUUUGUGCAUUAGUUUAUGUAAUUACACAGAUUAUAAUUAUUUAUAUUAUUUUAAAUUUCAAUUAAAAUUAAAUGUUUACGAUUUUUCUUAUAUCUCUAAAUAUAACCAUAGAAUACAACAUUCUUCUUCAGAUGUAUAUAUAAAUCAUAUUAAAAAAAAUGAACAACCUAAUCAACCAAAUAUUCACAAACAUUCAUUAUGUAGUCAAAGUAUUAAUCAUAAAAAUAAUGAUCAAUGUGAUUCUUCUCAAAACAUUUUAAACGUUCAACAAAUAAACAACAACAAAAAUAAUAAUAACAAUAAUAAUAAUAAUAAUAAUAAUAAUAUAUUCAAAUUGUGUGAUCUAGAAACAUUGAGAAGAAAAUAUGAAAACAACAUUAGAUAUAAUAAUUACCAAGAAAAUGGGAACACACAAAAAAAAAAAAAAAUUCUAAUAAUUAAUAUAAAAGGUUUUUAUUCCAAAAAUAUACAUAUCAUUCCAAAUUUAUAUAAUAAUAUAUUCAAUAAUAAUGUUUAUUUAAAAAUAUAUUUUAAAAAAUUAUUUAUAAAAUUUAAAAUUAUACAAGAUAAUCAUACAUGUUCCUAUAUUUUUAAAAUACCUAUUGAUAAUAAAAAUAUAUUUAAAAAUAUUAAUAUUAUUCAAAAUAAGUCCAAUUUAAUUUUGUUCUUUCAUUUUUUUCAAAAUAUAAAUAUAUGUUGUAAUUAUUAUUAUGAUAGCACAAAAAAAAGUGAAUAUACCAACAAUAAUAAUAAUAAUAAUAAUAUUUAUAAUAAUAAUAAUAAUUAUUAUAUUUAUGUAUGUAAAAAUACACAUUUCAAAAGAAAGAAAAAAAAACAUAUCAUAAACAAAACCCUUUUUGUAACUAAUUUUUGUAUGUUUUUUUUUUGUAACUCAAAUAAUUAUAUAACAUUAAAAUUAUAUUAUAUAUUUCUUUUUUUAUUUCAAUUUUAUAAAUAUCCACUCAAAAAAAAUUUUUAUCAUCUAUUAAUAUAUAAUAAGUAUUAUAAUAACAAUAAUAAAGAAUCAUAUUGUCUUGAUGAAAAAAUAAAUCACAAUAUAUUAUCGUUUACACAAUUUGAACCAAUAAUCUAUAAUCUAGAAAAUGACAAAUGUAUAAUAUCUGAUUCGUAUAUAUAUUACAAAAAAAAAAAAAAAAAAAAAAACAAACAUACAUUACAUCAUAAUCUAUAUAAUCUAAUUGAUGAUGAAAAAAUAUAUGAACAAGUAAAUCAUAAAACAUAUAUAAAUAAACAUGAUAUGUUCUUUAAUCAUAAUAAUUAUUUCUCAAAUUCAAUAUCAUAUCAUGACAAUCUAGAUUUUAAUAUAGUAAAACAUAAUAAUAAGCAAAAUAUGAAUAUUAACUCGAUAUCUCUUGAACAAACUAUGAUUUCUCUUAAUAUGGAUAUACUAGAAAAACAUAUUUUUAUAAAAUUCUGUAAUGAAUCCAAUCAUAUUAAAUGUAUAAACAAUGAAACCAAAAUUAUCAAACAGAUCAAUCAAUAUAUGUAUGAUCAAAUUUUUCUUAAUUUAAAUCAUUAUCAAAAUGUAAAUUUAUUGAAAUGUCUUUUUUUACAAAAUCAUGUAAAAUUGUAUGAAGAAAGUUGA